AUGACAGAUGAAGGACAGAAAUUGGAUGACUAUGAGGAAUGGAUUUGUGAUGUUCUAUGGUUCCUAGGACAUCAUAAGAUUGGUUUAUUUGGGCUCCUUGAGACUAAAAUAAAGGCUGCUAAGUUUGGUACAGUCUUUGCAAAGUUUGGUAAUGAUUGGUCAGUCACUUCUAACCACUCUCAGCAUAAGGGGGGUAGAAUUUGUGUGAUCUGGAGGCCUUCAGUUUUCUAUGUAGUAGUUGAGGUUGUUGACAGUCAGUUUAUUCAUUUGUCAAUCCUGCAUAAAUCCUCAGGGAAACAGUUCCACUACACUGUGAUCUAUGGUUUCAAUGAGGCUAGUAGAAGAGAUGACCUAUGGGAUAAGUUGGUUGUGUUAGGUAGGGGAAUAAAGGGAGCUUGGAUUGUAGGUGGGGAUUUCAAUAAUGUGCUGAACUUGGAUGAUAGAAUUGGUUCCAGCGUAACUUUGUCUGAAGUUGAGAAAUUCAGAGUUGUUGGGAAUGAUUUCUGGAUUAAUAAUUUUCAGAAUAGCAAAGUUGAUUUUUUACCUGAAGGCUUAAUGGAUCACUGUCCAUGUGUGAUCAACUUUCUUGAUCAAGUUGAUUGUGCUGAUUUUAGUAGGAUUGUGAGGGAUUCCUGGCAACAGCCAAGACAAGGAACAACUAUGUUUCGAGUUGUGCAGAAACUGAAGGAUGUUAAGAAGGAGCUCAAAGUUUUAAACUAUCAACUCUUUCCUACUGUUGAAGAUGAUGAUACUAAGGCUGCUCUAGGUUUACAGGAGAUCCAAAUCAAGCUUAAUGCAGAUCCUCAAAAUGAAGCUUUGAUUUCUCAGGAAGCUGAAGCUAGGAUACAGUUCAAUUUAGCUCACAAUAAAAAACUUAAGUUCCUGAGACAGAAGGCAAAAGCUCUGUGGCUUAAGGAGGGGGAUAUGAAUUCAGCAUAUUUUCAUGCUUGCAUAAGAAAACGAAGAGUACAGAAUAGUAUUUUUAGCAUUCAGAAAAAUUCAGGAGAGGUUGUUUAG